GCUCCUUACCCCCGCCCUUUCUCUUCCCGGUUUUCUCAGCUGCGGGGCCCGGCUAGUGGCAGCUUCCGGUAGGAGCGCCGUGAAGCGCGACCCGGUCUCUGCUCCUUGUCAUGUCCUACGGUCCCUUAGACAUGUAUCGGAAUCCCGGGCCCUCGGGGCCCCAGCUCCGGGACUUCAACAGCAUCAUCCAGACGUGCAGUGGCAACAUCCAGCGGAUCAGUCAAGCCACUGCUCAGAUAAAGAAUUUGAUGAGCCAACUUGGAACUAAGCAAGACUCAAGCAAGCUCCAGGAAAAUUUGCAACAGUUGCAGCACUCCACAAAUCAGCUCGCCAAGGAGACAAAUGAGUUGCUGAAGGAAUUAGGGUCCUUGCCCCUACCCUUGUCUGCGUCAGAGCAGCGCCAGCAGAGACUUCAGAAGGAGCGUCUCAUGAAUGACUUCUCGUCAGCCUUGAACAAUUUCCAGGCCGUGCAGAGAAGGGUGUCUGAGAAGGAGAAAGAAAGUAUCGCUCGAGCAAGAGCUGGAUCUCGUCUUUCUGCGGAAGACAGGCAAAGAGAAGAGCAGCUCGUCUCAUUUGACAGCCAUGAGGAGUGGAACCAGAUGCAGAGCCAGGAGGAUGAGGCAGCCAUCACUGAACAAGACCUGGAACUUAUUAAAGAGAGGGAGACGGCGAUUCGGCAACUGGAGGCUGACAUUUUGGAUGUCAAUCAGAUAUUUAAAGAUUUAGCCAUGAUGAUCCAUGACCAAGGUGACCUGAUAGAUAGCAUAGAAGCCAAUGUGGAAAGCUCAGAGGUGCAUGUGGAAAGAGCCACUGAUCAGCUGCAAAGAGCUGCUUAUUAUCAGAAAAAAUCUCGCAAGAAGAUGUGUAUCCUCGUGCUUGUCCUGUCAGUAAUUCUUACAGUCUUGGGAGUGGUUAUCUGGUUUGCUUCUAAGUGAGGUGUGCUUGCCUCAGAGCCUUCUCCUGCUGAGUUGUUUUCAAGAGCAAGUGCUCGAGGGAAUCUUGCCAGAACAAACUGACCACAGAAGAGAGCGUGAACCAGAGUGUCCUGUGAUAAUUUAGCUAGAAACUAACUACUAACUAGUCCUUGGAAUUAGUGACCCAUGGAGACAGUAUUUAUCAAUUUAUACAUACAUCCUAUUGAUUUCUCAGAUAAGGAAUUAACUAUGUGUCGUUUCCUUUCUCUUGUAUUUUGAUUGCCCUGUACCCCAAGUGUUUAUUGACAGUUCCAUUGUGGAUGUUCUUUUUGACAGGUGACACUACAGUCUUAUAAUAUUGUUUUUUUUUUGUACAUAUACAAAUUUUACCUUUUUAUGAGCAUCUUGAGAUAAAUUUCCUUCUGGAGCUAGCCUAUUGAGAUCUGAGAAACCGUACAAUAUGCCAGCAAUUUUUAUUUAACAUUUUGAUUUGAGUUUCCGGGGGGAUCUGAUCUCUGUUUUGCAAGAUUUUGGCACUAUGUGUAACUGGGGAAUAAGAACCCUGCACCUGUGACUGCAGAUGAAAUGGAAAGAUCCUGUCUGUCAGAGUGGGCCCAUUGCCAGGGCGCGGAUGAAAGUCUGGGUUUAAGUUAAAUUGACUUCAUUGUCUGCUGGUGUCAUUUACAGAGUUCAUUCCUGCACACUAAGUCACCCACUCCAGUUGUAAAAAGAUUCGUUUCAUUAACACUGUUAUAAGCAGUCUGGCCCUCUUCCGCCUGUCUGCACAGAAAGGGAGAAUUAGGCACAGCAUGAUUUUGGCAGCCGAUGGGAAUUGUUUGGAAUGACUCUGUCCUGUCGUUCACUUGUGGCUUACAUUCCGGUGAGUGAUAAAUGCUGCUGUCAGAGACUGACCCAAGCCUGGUAAGGGUUACCUGGCUUUGAUGGCAAGAUUUUAAAAUUCAGACUAAAGUGGGGUUUAAAACUUAGGUCUGUGAACCUACUGAUAAAGCAAAGAAAAGGUUCAUUUUUGUAAAUAAUACUGGUUUAGUUAUGUUAGACUUAGCCUAAUUUAUGAACAAGAGAUCAAACUCUGCAUAGUUUUAGACAAAAACAGUUUUAAUAAAAGGUUGCUGUCUUGAAAUAUAAAUGUUGUCCACUGCCCUUUUUCACAGGCCUAGAACAGUAGAGAGAGUGUAAUUGGUUUAGGCAUUCAGAUAAAUGUGAAUCGAGGCUGAAAACGUCAGCUCAUCCUUCAGUGCAUUGGAGGACUUGGCUACUGUCGGUAUAUUUAUGUUCAUUUCCUCUAUUCCUCUUAAUGUUACUACACUAAUGUGACCAGUAGGGAAAUAAGGGCCCAAAUGCGUAAGUUUCUUUGCACUUUUGCACCAUCCUGCCUACUUCAUACAAAUAAACAUUUAAAAGCGUUUGUAGUUAUUUUUUGAGUUAACGUCCUAAUGAUGUAGGUAAUAUGCUGCCAUGAGAACACAGCCCAGCAAGAGACCAGAGAACAGGUAAGGAUUGGCUCAGCAGUGGAACAGGCAUUGCUGCCUUUCUUUGAAAACCAGGACAGAGAACAAACUGUGGUUUGCACAUACUUCUAAUCCAAGAACCCGAGGGGACAAGACAGGAAGGUUAUGAGUUCAAGGCCAGGCUGGGGUACCUAGAAGGUUUGAGAUCAGGCUCUGUGUAAGAAAGAGAGGGAGAGGAAGAGAAGACUGCUGUCUGCAUAACCAGUGACCCACAUGGCAGCUGCAGAGAAGCCCCUGUUCUCAAGUCUGGUCUUGGAUACAUCAUUUGUGACAGCCCAAAAAAUAAAAAAAGAGAUCUCUUGUGGCAAACUAUUGGGAACAAUGAAAUGGCUGUAAUUCCACAAUACCGUGUCAUCUACUGAGUGAUGGUUAUCAUGAUGGCCAUGGGAACAAAUAGGAACUUGCUCUAGAGUUUGUGGCAGUUGUCAAGAAGCUCUAAUAAACCUGUUCCUAGAAUCCUGCUUUGUGCCUGAUGAUCUCUGGAGGCACCAUGGUUAAAGGGUGGCGAAGCUGUGGUCCCCCUCCCAGAGAUUCUGCUUUCAUUAGUUUGGUAUAUUUCCUAGACACAGGAAUCUGUUAAAGCUCCACAUGUAUACUGUGUGUAGCCAGGGAGAGAACCAUUGUUUGCAAGUCCAAAACUAGAGUGGGGCGGGAAAGAAUUCCCCACCAGUAACUUGCUGACGGUAUUUAGACACAUCGCUUAGCCCAUAAGCCCCAUGUUUUCUCAACUGCUCUUUUUUUAAAAAACGUAAUUAUUUAUUGAUUCUUUGGGAAUUUUACAACACCCCCCAAACCCACUCCUUUCCUAUUCCCUACAUAUCUACUCGUCACACUUACAGUGUCCCCCACCCAAAAGAAAAUUAAAAGAUAAAAUAAAUUCAAAACAAACAGCAACAAUAAAAUACUUCACUCCUCUGUCUUUCCUGUCUCUCCAUCUUUGUUCAUCUUAGUGGCAUCAAGAGCUGUGAUGUGGCAUGCUAUUGACCCUUUUGUCCAAACAGCUUUACUUGCAAAUGUUCAUUGUAAUGAGUUGUUGGUCUGGUUCAAGCCCUCUGGCUUUUGGUACACCAUCAACACUGGACCCCCACCUAAAGUCCUCUCAGAUAUCCUGCCGUUGCCCAGAGUCAUGGAGAUCCUGUGGCUAUGGUUCCACAGGACAAGUCUCUUCACGAGUUUCAACAGGUCAUAGAUGGGGUAGAUGUUGGGGUAGGCCAAUUCAAAGCACUGGAUGUGGGCUUGGGUGGGGACUGAGUGAUCAGUCCAGUCUUCUUUUUUACUCUAAAAUCCCUAAGACAACAGAUGUAUAGUCUAAACAUACAAUUUAUAGAUUUAUUCCUGUAUUCCUUUCCAUUUUGCACUUCCUAUUCAGCUUCCUGUAUUGAAAUUGGAA